UAUAAUCGGUCAUAACGUCAGAAAUUUCGGGUAGAUAACAUGUCAGCCUAGAGUUGUUAAUCCAAUGUGUUAAUUUCUUGAUACUCCGAAGUGUUGUCAUUCAUUAAAACGAUCGGAGCAAGCAAAUAAAGAAGACCUGGGUAAAAACGAUAUCAUGCGGUUUGUAAAAUCCCACGGAUAACCACACGGUAUUCGUUGAUGUCCGGACGCGGCUGUGAGAUCGCAGAUUUCGUUCCAACAUAUUCUGGGUGUAGUUAUUGAUGAAUUGGACCAAUGAGUUGUAGCUCACAUCUUGCUCCAGGAUAUAUUGGCUUUCUUGCUGAAAUUCAUGAGAAGGUUGCAGUGGACGGGAAACAACCCCUGCGAUAUAGUUUGCAUCGACGGUGUACCGCGUGUAGCUUCGGCUAUCCCCAUGGGAGGAAGGUGGACGGAGUAUGGAGGUUGGCGUUUGGAUCCAACGUGGUCCGACGGCUCAGGAGGACGCUAAGCAGCGAAAGGGAACCGAGGAGAUAUCUUGGUAGUUUUAUUUGUCGUUGGCUAAAACAUUGUCCCGUUGAAGGACCGCGAGGGACCGCGCGAUGGGAGUUGGAAAGGAUCGCGGAGGGAGCGGAGGAACGGGGCCGCGGUGAAACCUGACUCGCGUUUCCAGUUGGGGUACGGGCGGCGUUUCAUUUAUUCAAAGUAAGUUAUUGCGAUCGCUUCCAGCGACGGCCACCACAUCCUAUACCUUACCGUAUAAACCUAUACACCGUAUACCUAUAUACACACAACGAAAAUGCAACCAACCGACUCUCCGAUCGCGGACCAUUCCCUGUUGCGGGUAAUCUCUUGCGCGCGAGUCCAGUUUCAAGAAUUCACUCGAAAAACCGAAAGGCUGAGGGGCUUAAGGAGCUCCGGAAAAGAUAUUCAUCUAAUUCUUCAAUUACUUUCAACUCUCCGGGCAUUCUCUCCCAGCCCUGUCCAAAAACGUUCACAUUUCGAUCAUAUGUAUACAUAUAUAUGUACGUGUGGAUGUUCAAUAAUUGAGAAAAUAAAGCCGUGAUAUGAUGUAGAAGAAACCGGAGUAAUUGGAAU